AGUCACUCUCCUCGUGUUAAAGGGGCUAGACUCGCUCUCAUGGACACUUUCUGACUGGCUGCUGUCAUCUGGGAGAGCUGGACCUGUGGAAAAGAAUCAACCAAAGAACUCUCUCUUUCCUUACUGUCUGUUUGUGUUACUGUGCAUCUGGCCACUCCAGCGCAUUCACAGCAGAGAUUUCUAUUUUCUCUUUUUUUUUUUUGCUUACAAAAACGGGAACAAUCUUGCCACUGUCCAGUUCUCCAUUCACCCGGACUUGCCUCACAAAGACAGUAAUUGUUUGCCUGUUUUUUUGUCCACUUCAGGAGUUAUUUGUCCCUUUUUGUGCUGUCCCUUCCUCUUAAACUUUUAUAUUUAUUAUUCUCUACCUUAUGUGCUUAAGUUUGUUUGUCUGUCUGUGUGUAAAUUAUCAUAUGACUUAGUUGUGGAUGCACUUAUAUGAUAAGUCUCUAACUCUUUUGAAGACUUAAUGUUUGUGUUAUUUUAUCAUCUCAAAAAGAAUGUGCAGUUUUGAUAAUUUAUUCAUUUUGUGAUGUAAGUUUACGUAAGUUUCUGACUACCUGUACUCAGUUGGGUCACUUCCUGACCAUGGCCCACGUGUGUUUUUUUUAGGUUUAUUAGUGAAUUAGUUAGCUUGUAUAAGUUUGAUAUAACUGCGUGUCCACAUCCUCUUUCUUCAAAGUGUCAUUCCUCUUUUUUAAAAUAAGGGAAGUUCCUGGUGGUCACACAACAUCAGCAGUGUGCCUGCUGUUCUGUUCUGUUCUGUUUAUUGCUCCACAUGUUGCAUGGACAUGAAUAGCUGAGUCUUAAACAGAGCCCCCUUCAGUGGUUUUUUGGAAAGGUGAAGUUUCCUUGUGGAAAGGAAUGCAGCUGGAGAACAGAAAAAACAUGCUGAGCUCUGCUAUCUCCAUCUUGAGCUGGUCGUUUUUCUCUCUGCAGCCUCAGAAAAACAUCUACUUCCUGGUCCAGCUUUGAGCAGCUGUUCACCUCAUCUGUCAGAAGCCAAAAUCUGAUCCCGGCAUUUCCUUUCUUCCAUGGCUUCUGAGAGUGCAUCUCCCUCCCUGCGGACAGCCAACCUCAGCGCUCUGAAGAAGCGCUGGGAGCAGAGGGGGAGCAGUGAUAAGGAAAAGUCAUCUUCCGUCCCGAUUCCCACCUUGUCCAGCAUCCGCGGCAGACCUCCUGCUCUGACCAGAACCCCAUCUAUCCCUGAGCAACCUCCUCCAGUGAAGAGUCCCACUGUCCCUACCGAUCAGGGAGGUCAACCCACAGAGCCAACAGUGAGCAGAGAAGAAGACAAGAGAGGGAUGGACAGGGAUGAGCUGACACACAGAGACAGACCUGAAAAGCUAGAUGAGCAAGUUCCAACCAGCCCCCGUGCCUCUUAUGAGAAAGCCACCGUGCCACUGAACAACCUGAAGAUGAAGUUUGAGAGGGGAGCGGAUGCCCCGGUCAAGGUUGGCAGGACAACUCUGCGCAGUACUUCAUCUGAGGACAUGGACCAACCCGGAGGUGCAACUGUUUCUAAACGAGUGGUCGAUUCAUCAUUCUUGAAGGACAAGCUGGCGAAGUACCAGGCCUCCAUUUCUAAACCCCGCACCACUCGCUCUGGUGCGGCCACAGAGGUGCCUGCUCCAAAAACAUCUGCAGCAGUAAAUCAGAAGCACAGCCCUGCCCCCGAGUGCAACGGGGAAAAUGGUGAACAACCCAAAGCAACAAGGAAGUUCUGUCCUCCGGUGAAGGAGACCUGCAUCGCAUGUUCAAAAACGGUGUAUCCUCUGGAGAGACUGGUGGUUCUUAAGGAUGUCUACCACAAAAGUUGCUUUCGCUGUGUGCACUGCAGCAUGAGACUCGGUCUAGGGAACUACGCCUCUCUGCAUGGUAACAUCUACUGCAAGCCCCAUUUCAACCAGCUGUUCAAAGCAAAAGGAAACUAUGACGAGGGCUUUGGCCACCGACCCCACAAGGAGCUGUGGGAGCCGCGAGCUGAGGGAGAGGAGGAGGAUGAAGAAGUGGUGAAGCCAAAAGAACAAGUGGAACCUGCAGCAGUGACAAAUCCAGCUGAGAGUGUCUCAGACAAACCAGAGACCCCGGCUGAGGAAACGUCCCAGAUUAAAGUCACAGACCUGACCGCCGCACUGGAGACAAGGGUGAAGACACAAGUCAGCUCCAAUGAGAAACCUCAAUCUACAGAGAAGUCAGCUGAGAAACCCAGGCUCCGAAUGGCCUGGCCUCCCCCAGCCGGCGAGAGACAACCUGGAGCUCAAGUCCUCAGUCCAGUCACCGAUGGGGCUCCUGCAGGCCGACCAUGGAGAGCCAAGUGGCCCCCAGAGGACGAGGUCCCAUCAUCCUUUCAGAGCUCAGAGCGUGUUGAGCUGAAGGGCCUAAGGAGAAGCCAGUCUCUGAAGGACCGGUGUCGGCCUUUUACAGUUCUAGCCAAACCCAGCCUCACACCCAGUCAGGGCCCCAGGGAGAUUCGUCGGCCACUCAAAUCCCUGCAGGAGUGGAGAACAUCACUUGAAGAAAAAGAAUCGUCUGAAGAAGCAUCAAAGGAGAACAAGCAGGAACCUCACAAAGUGAAAAAGGAAGAAAAGAAAGAGCCAAGUGAAGAGCCAACAAGCAGAAGAGAGACCACCUCAGAAGAGGAUGCCGAGACUCCACAACAGAAAAAAGAAAGUGAAGACCAAGCAGAGGGAGUUAAAGCUGCAGCAGACAAGAUGGCAGCAGAAGAGGCCUCCCUCAGAAGCAUCUCUCCAGGUAUCUCACCGUCCCCCUCUCCACCUGCACAGCCCAAACAAAACCGCGCCUCCCAGGAUGUGGGCUUCUGGGAGGAGGAUAAAGAAGGAAGUGAAGCUGAGGAGCUGAGUGCGGAGGAUAUAAUCAAGAAGAACCGCUACUAUGACGAGGAGGAUGACGACUUUGAGUCAUAAGAACUCUAAAUGUAACAUCCAUCCAGUUCUCUCAUCUCAGUUAAUAAGUAGAUCUCAAGUUUAGCUUUGCCGGGUUUAAUAGUUUAAAGGAGACAUGCAAACAUUUAACUUAUGUGCAUAUAUAUUGCAAUAACUGCCUUUAAUUGUUUAAGUUCAAGUUUGAAAAUAUUUGAUACAGCUUUUAUAUGACUCCUGAUUUUACUGGAAGCUUGGCCUCUAUAAAAUUUGCUCAAACCUCUGCUCUUUCAGCACCAUUUAUGGUGUAAUACUUGCAGAUGGCAAGUCCAAAAAACAUUUUAUUUUAUGCAGCAUUUUAAGUGCUUUUUAAUGACAGCCAUUACCCUUCUUAUUGCUCUGCCUUGUUAUGUUUUUGUGUCCUUCCUAUAAUGCUGAGGAGACAUUCAAAUCUUAUAUCAAACAAUCAUACAACACUCUAUUUGUAAGAUAAAUGUCUAGGCAUUUUUAUGUAUUGCCUUAAUGUAGAUUAUAUUUGAGAGAAAAACAACAAAAUAAAAAUCCUAAUAAAUAUUCUCCAAUAUAUCGUACAGCAACCCUCCCUAUAAACCUUGUACAUGUCUUGUCUUCUCCCAGGGAUAAGGCACUGUCAGUGUCAGUGCUCACAUGUACUGCAACUUCUUUAUUUGGACUCAGAACCUUUCUUUCAUGCUACUGUUAAAUGUAUGAAGGUGAUUGAAACUCCCCUGACUGUAAAAGUACCACAGAGCAGGCCUACCAUCUCACAGCUACUGAUGAGUCUUACAUAACAAAGCCAAACCUUUAUCACCGCCUCCUGCAGGGGGAGCUCUGGAUUGAUAAACUAUAACUGGAGCUGUACAGUUAGGACACACUCUAAAGGGAUUAUGUACAUUGUAGGUGCACUUGUAUGUAAAGGCCUUCAAAUAUUUGGAUUUAGGAGUCAAAGGAGCACGUGUUUCAAAAAUGUCCAACCUUUUCCUGAUUCUAAACAAAUGUUAGAACUAAAGUCAAGUUUUCUUUCAUUGGCACUCCUUUGAGUCCAAAAGCACAAUAUGUGUCAUCUCUUUGGGCCUUCUGGAUUUAUUUGUAACAUUUUCAGAUGUAAUCCAUUUUUAUAUGGUAUGUAAAUCACUUUGUAUUUUUAAAUGCGCUUUGGAAUAUAUGUUUGCACUGCAGAAUAUUUUCUAAUAAUUUGUAUAUUGACACAAUGGAUCUUACAGUCUUACCUGUUGUUUAAACAAUUAAAUUGAACCAAGAAUUACA